AUGUCAUCAUCAUUAAUCGAUACAUAUUCUUUGUCAUCAAUAGAAACAAAUUCUUUACUUUUAUCACAUGUUCGUACAAUAGUUAAAUUUUACAUAUGGCCAUUACUUGUAGUAUUUGGUUUAACAGGUAAUUGUGUAUCAAUAAUUAUUUUAACUCGACGACGUCUUAUAAGAACAAGCACAAAUAAUUAUUUAACCAUCUUGGCUGGAUUUGAUUCAUGUUAUUUAAUUUUUACACUUCUACUUAAUUUUGGUUCACAUCCAAAAUUUGUUCAUUAUUCAUUUACUCAAACAUUUCUAUAUAUUUUACGUCCAUUAGCAGAUUUUUCUUCAAAUACAGCUACAUGGUUAAUUGUUUGUUUUACACUUGAACGUACAUUAGCUGUAGCUAAACCAAUAUAUGCUAAACGUACAUGUUCAGUACGACGUUCACGUCAUUUAAUAUGUACAUUAUUAAUAAUAUGUUUUUUAAUAACAUUACCAAGAUUUUUUGAAAAAAGUUUAGUACAUAAAAAUUAUAAUAAUGCAAUGAUAUCUAAUUUAACAGAAUUAAAUAAUUUAUCUAAACAACACAAGUUUUUUCCUGAUAUUCACCGCUUAUAUUUAGUAUUUAUAUGUAUUGUUAUUAUAUGGAUACCACUGCUUUUAGUUUGUAUAUGUAAUUCAAUUCUUAUAUGGUAUGUUCAUCGUUCACGUCAUUUUGAUAAUGAUCUUCAAGCCAAAAAUGUCUAUGGACCUUAUCAUAAUUCGUCAGGUUCAAUAAAUAAAUUAGAACAUUCAAAAAAUAACGAACAUAAAUCCCAAUUAACAUUAUCAUCAUCAUUAAAAAAUCGACAUACAUUCCAUUUACGUCGUCAUUGUCGUUCAGUAAUUCAAAAACGUCGCGUAACUAUUAUAUUAAUAUUUUGUUUAUUUGUUGCACUCUUAUUAUGGACACCCCAAAGUUUAUCAUUAACAUAUGAAACAUUAAUUGAAAGUUCUACAGAAAUGUCACAUGAACAUCGAAUUAUUUUACUUAUAUUUAAUAAUUUUUCAAAUUUAUUUCUUUGUAUUAAUGCAUCAACGGAUUUUAUAUUAUAUUGUUUUUUAUCUGAAAAAUUUGCACGAACAUGUAAACAAAUUAUUUUUCGUCAAUGUUCAAAUCAUAAUUUCAUAAAUGGACAACGUGCUCGUUUAGUAUCACUUGAUCGUACAGCAUUUAUUAUACUAAAUACAUCAAAGAAUUUCUAUCAACAACAAUUAGCAACUAAUACAACUGAUAAAUAUUAUCUACAAUUAUAUGAUUUUUAUCAGAAUUCAUUAAAUUUUGAAAGUAAUCAAAAUGAAAAAUGGACAAAGAAGUGUGUUCAUCCAAUAACAAUAAAUAUCAAAAGUGAUAAUCAUAUAUUUUAUCAAAAAACUUUAUUAAAAAAUAAACAAAGACUACAAUAUACUAAAUCAUGUAAAACACAAAUGAAUAUUAUAUCAAAUCCAGCCUUAGAUCAUACAGAUGAAAAUGGUGUAAAUAAUGAAAUUAAUUAUUCAAUAAAUAGUUUGGUAAUGAAGUCGCCUAAACCAUCUUGUUUAGAAUCAGUAUCAAAUAUGUAA